AUCUCUCGAUUCCCGCUCAGUUUCGUUUCGGCAAUCAUUCGGAUCGGAACACGGAAAGUCGCUAAGUCGAAAAUGGUCCAUCAACCGCUUGGACUCCUGCUGGGAGUCAUCCUGCUCUCCAUUGGCAUAUCCAGGGCCUCACCGCCUCAUCCUCUGGCCGCCAACUAUACCUUUGACAUCCUGCGACUGGCCAAAGCGGCCCACAUUAAAGCCUAUAUGGGCGAGGACAAGGAGGAGGUUUGCUCCAACUUCUACCACUUUGCCUGCGCCAAUUGGCCCCGUUUGCAUCCCGCUCGUUUGUCCAAUCACCGGACCAACUAUCUGGAGGAACUGCAGGAGUUGUAUAUCAGAAAAAGCGCCGAAAUGCUUAAAAGUGCUACGCGAGGGGCGGAAAACAGUGCCGAUCGGCAGUUGAAGAACUUUUACGGCUCAUGUAGGCUUCAAACGAAUGAUACGCGCUCCGCUUUGGCUACCCUGCAAAAUGUGGCCGAUUUCCGAGGCGGUUGGCCGGAAAUUCGAGUGCCCUCCUGGUAUCAGUACGAGUACGAUUGGCUGCAGGUGGUGGCGAAUCUAAAGCGCAAGCUCGGCGUGGACAUCUUUAUUGGCUUGGAAGUGAUCCUCGACUACAAGGAGGAGAAAAUGCAUCGCUUGAAGAUCGGUGCACCCGAGUUUCCCAUGUCACGUCGUCACUACUUGAACGACCACUUUGAGGGAACUCGGGAACUCUACGAAAGAUCGAUCGAAAAGAAGCUGCGGCUAUAUUUCCCGGAACAAUCGGAGCACUGGCUGCGCGAGGUGGCCAGUCAGGUGGUCGAUGUAGAGAAGGAGCUGGCCAAGGGAUUGCCCCACAAUCCGGCGCUCACCUUGGAGCAAACCACUCGCCAGAGAACCGCCGCCGAAAUGAAGGCCGCCUAUGGUAGCUAUGUGGAUGUCACUCGCUAUAUGCAGCUCAUUUUCAACGACAACCUGUACAUGGAUUUGUAUGAGACACCCGAGGAUUAUCUCUCCAAUCUGGUGGAUGUGAUACGGGAAACUCCGAAACUCCAGCUGGCCAACUACACCAUGUGGAAGGCUCUCGAAGCCUUGGAUGCUGCUCGAGUGCCUUCAUCCCAGCAACCGGAUAUCUGGUGUGUCCAACUGGCCCAGCAGUAUUUCCCCCACCAACUGGAGAGCCUGUUCCAUCGCAACUACAACCACAUGCAGAUGAUCAAUGAAUUGCAGUCCACAUGGUCGGAUAUCAAGCGAGUCUUUCGCGAGGAUCUUCAGGCCUCGGAGCGAUUGCUCUGGCUAACUUUGGAGACCCGGCAGAAGGCCAUCAGCAAGCUGGAGUCCUUGAAGCUGCAGUUCCGCACCCACGACGACAACCAGUUGAUCCGCCAGAUGCACGGUCUCAAUCUGCACACGGAUCGCUUUUACGAGAACCUAGUGAAGGUUCUCGAGUGGACAACACAACGCGGUUUGGCCAAAUUGAUGGAGGAACCGGUGGCCGAGGAUCAGGUGUACAAGCUGCCGCACUACGAGAUCCAGAAGAAUCGCAUCCAGGUGCCGAUCACUUUCCUGCAAGCGAGAUUCUUCUGGGAUCCCGCCUAUCCGAAUGCCCUCAAGUAUGCCACACUGGGUGUGCUCCUCGCUCGCCAAAUGCUCCACGGAUUCGAUGGCGUGGGCCGGCGUUAUGAUGCCUACGGUUAUCAGAACAACUGGUGGGACAACACCUCGGAAAGUUCAUAUGCCCGACGCACCCAGUGCUUCCAGGAGCAGUAUGCCAUCUUUGUGGAGUACAAGGGUAAACCGGUGCAGGAUAAGGAUCUGCUGCGACGAAUUGUGGCCGAUAAUGGCGCCCUGGACAUCGCCUAUCGCGCCUACCAGCAAUGGCUGAAGAAUGCGGCCGAAACUCCGAUUAUAUAUCAGCGGGAACGACUUCCGCUACUCGAUCACGAUCACAAUCAGCUAUUCUAUCUGGGCUAUGCGCAGCUUUACUGCACCGAUUACCCGGAAUCUCUGGAGGUCUUCGAUGAGCUUCCCGAGCAGCUGCGCAUCAAUACGGCGCUAUCCAACUCGCAGCAGUUCGCCAAUGCCUUCGGUUGCUCCAGGGACGAUAAGCUAAACGCCCGCUUCAAGUGCACCCUCUACUGAGAGGAGUACCUGCCCUCCAUAUCUGUUAAAUGUAUGCCACGAAAUAUGCUUGCCAAAUAAAAGCUUUUCUUGCA